AUGGCGUCUACAGAAGAAGUUUUGGUUUGGACCCCAGAACUCGAAGUCAGUUUGUUUCAUUCCAUGAAAGGACACAAACCAGUCGGAAUAAAUCGACAUUUUCAUAUGGCGUGUAUUCACGACAAAUUUGCGACGUCAACUGGCAAACGAAAUAUUUCUUCGAAACAAAUCUGGGAACACUUACAAGAGUUGUACAAUCUCCAAGCUUUGGAUGAUCUUGAGAAUCUCCCAUUUCCAAAUGAGGAAACAGAAUUUAAUUUACCUGAUGAAAUAUUUGAGUCUAAUGCAAAGCCUCAUUCAUCGGCAUCUGAAUCCUCUGCUGUGGCAGAUGAAAGCAUGACAGCUCUUCUUAAACUCAAACUUCAAGGGUUGGCCAGUAAUUCACCAAGUGCAUCCACUCCUGAUUCGUCUCCCAAGAGAAAGAGGACACGACAAGUGAACAGUGCAAGUUCAUCGCAACCGUCAUCUCCUCAUCCUCCUUCAUCCGCCAAGAGACGGCGGUAACAAUGUAAUCUCUGUUGAGGUUUGAUGUACAGUUCAAAGAAGUAAAUUAUAUGUAUCAAUUUCAAUAAUUGCUAUCAUGUGAUGAUAACUUAUUGAAGCCAUAAUUAAAAAUUAAAAGGUUGUUAUUGCUUAGUAAGCAAGAGAGGCCGACUUUUUUUUUUAUUUCACAAAAUUUUAUUUUAUAUAUAUCAAGGUGAGAAAUCUUUUGAUUGUUUGGUGUUUCAAGUGUUUCUCAUUGAUUUAUGUCAAUAUUUAUUAGUUCAUUUCUUACUUUUCACAUUGAAUGUUGAAAAUACCUAAACUAUUUCUGGAACCUAACUCUGGAAAUUGCUGAAGAGGGGGAAGAAUUAUUCUUCUCUUUUGCAAGUUCUCUGUAUAAAAAAUUUAAUGUAGCAGUGUUCUGCUUUUCAGGCGGUAACCAGUAAAAUUUACUCCCUCCAAUACCUCUUUCUACCUUCUAAAAUUGUUUGAAAUUCUUGAAAGUUCAACAGAUGAAAGGAUUGUUCCAGCAAUUUCAAAAGCCUAACCCUAUAACUCCCAGAUGCAAUUAACAUGUAAUUUCUCUUAGUGAUAUCCAUAAAUUAUCCAGCAAACAGGCAAUGAAAAUACCCAAACUUAUCAGG